AGACGGUAACGAUUGUUUUCAAGAUGGAGCCGGUUCCUGACGCUGCGACCAGCUCAGUGUUUCUUGCGCCGUUUCACGGUUUAGCCGCGGUCAAUCACGACCUAGGAGCCCUGGUUUGGGUGUCAUGAGAAGCCGGUCACCGUGCAGUGUUACCGGAUGCCUCGCGUGAACCGGACGACCGUUUUAACGCUGCUGAUCAUCACCAGCUCCGUGUUUCUGCUGUUCCAGUUACAUUACUACCGGAAGUACGUCAGCAAGCAUGCGUUUCUUCUGCAGCAAGGUCCUUACAUCCUGAGUCGAACCGGUCACCUCACCGCAAACGACAUCCAAUGGCAAACAGUGAAGAAGUUUUUGGGAUUAGCUCGGCACUUCGGGUUACCGCUGUUCCUCGCCGACACAGCCGCCCUAACGCUGCUCUCCCAAGAUUCAUUGCGGCAGCGUGACCGGCUUGUGCAUGAGCCGCACUGCAGCUUCCUAUGCACCGGCCGUCCGGUCACGUCCUUUGCUCUGCACGCCAACCUGUGGAAGUACGAGCCCGGCUUCCUAUUAGCCGCCAAGCAGAAAGGCUUUGAGCUUCUGGAGCUGCGGGGACAGGACCCGCGAUUGGCCAGUCUGGACAACCUAUCAGGAGAGGAGAUCCCCCUCCACUUCCUGUUCCGCCUCCACGGUCACAUCAUACAGGUGGUGUUCCUGUAUGAGCGAAGCGGGAACUACCUCUGGCACGGGGAGCUCCGCCUCAAAGCCCACGUGGACCGAAGCUUUGCUCCCUUCAAGCUACUCGACUACGGACGCCAUCCUGGAUCCUACGACAGGCCGGAGCUGGUUCUGACGGUCGUGGACGGCAUCGAUGUUCGAAUCCCGCGUAACAUUUCCCGCUUCCUCUCCGAGCAGCGACAGGCUCGAUUCUUGGAGUGCCGUUACCGUGACGCCCGGAACUUCCUUCAGCUCUACCCAGAUGACGUGUCUCCAGACGCGGUGGACUUCCGGAGGAAAGUGAAGUCGUUGCUUCAUUUGGCCGGUCGAACGCUCGCUCAGCUCGACAUCCCGUUCUGGCUGAGCAGCGGCACCUGUCUGGGCUGGUUCAGGCAGUGCAGCGUCAUCUCGUACAGUCGGGACGUCGACAUCGGCAUCUUCAUCGGGGACUUCCGGUCGGACAUCGUUUCUGCGUUCAGGAGCGCCGGACUGUCGCUCAAACACAAGUUUGGAAAGGUGGAGGACAGUCUGGAACUUUCAUUUUUGAGUGAGGACGUGAAACUGGACAUUUUCUUUUUCUAUGGCGACGGAGACGUCGUUUGGAACGGAGGAACGCAGGCGAAGAGUGGCAAGAAGUUUAAGUACAUCUUCCCUCGGUUCUCGCUGUGCUGGGCGGAGCUUCUGGACCUGAAAGUUCGGGUUCCCUGUGAAACGCUGGACUACGUGACCGCAAACUACGGCGCCAGCUGGAGCGUCCCAGUGAGGAGCUGGGACUGGAAGUCGUCGCCUAGCAACGUGCAGCGGAAUGGGGAGUGGCCUCGUGCGGAGUGGGCGGAGCUUAUCCAAGUUUAUUGAGAGAGAACCUGACUGAAACUGCAAAUAAAAGGGGAUAAAAACAAA